AUACAUCCAUCGUCAUGGCCCCCUCACUCUCCUUCGUCACCCUCGACGUCUUCACGACAUCCCGCUACACUGGCAACCCACUCGCCGUCAUCAACGUACCCGCCUCACUCACACUAUCUCAAUCCCAAAAACAACGCAUAGCCCGCGAAUUCAACCUCUCCGAGAGUGUCUUCCUCCACGAGCAAACCGGCUCUGACAUCGAUUCCUCCUCAGUCCGUAUCGAUAUCUUUACCGCCUACGCUGAGGUCCCCUUCGCUGGCCACCCGACCGUCGGCACCGCAAAUUACCUCCUCCGGAUCCUCCAAAACGACCCGCUCAACCAAGUCAAAGCCCUCGAAGCCAAAGCAGGACGCUUCGGCAUCACGCUCGACCAGGCAGUCGAUGGCACCCGGAUCUCCGUGGCGCAUGAUGUGCAUAUCCACGCCGACCCCUUCGCGGAUCGACCUUUCGGCCAGUAUCCGGUGGUCAGUAUCGUGAAGGGCAUGACAUUCAUCCUGGCCCAGCUUCCAGACCUCGAGGCCCUGGGCCGGCAGACCAAGAACCUGCUCGGGACGGAGAACACGUAUACCUCGCAGGAAGCGCUUGACGAGGGUUGGAGAACGGGGAUCGUGACGACUUAUUUCUUUGUCGACCUCGGCAUCGAAACCUCGACUCAGACUCGAGAUCUGCGCACGCGCAUGUUUGGUUCGCGCGAGGACCCGGCGACAGGCAGUGCUGCGAGCGCGUUGGCGUCCUAUCUCUCUGUGCAGACCGGGCGGGCGGGACGGUACAAAUACCGCCUCACGCAGGGCGUGGAAAUGGGGCAGAAGAGUCAAAUUGCCGUCGAAGUUUCUGUCAAGGCCACUGGUACCGAACGUGGUAAUGACAAGGUAGAAGUCGAAAAGGUCUUGCUCAGUGGGAGCGCCGUGUUGACUAUGCAGGGGAUUUUAGAGAUUCCGGACGAGGAUUAG